GCUAUUCAUACCAUCUUAUAAUUUAUUCAUAUCACGCACACACGACAUCUGAAUACUAAAAACGCCAUCCAUCUCUGCAGGGUUUUGUGCGUGCAUUAGAGAAACAGAGUGAGAGAGGGGAGAUGGAGGUCGAAGAAGAUUGCAGUCUAUGGCAUCACUUGAUCUUCUGUGAGGAGCUGGAAAACGAUAAUAAUGACCAGAAGAAUCAUCUUCCUUGCUCGGUAUGCAAAAAAGCAAUAUUAUUGGGAGGUCCCGCCUACAAAUGCUUGGAAUGCAACUUUUUCCAGCAUAAAUCAUGCCCCGAAUCACCAUACACAGAAAUUGCAGUGACUAUCCAUAAAUAUAAGAGAAGACAUCACUUGAUCGCCGUAGAAGGGCUGGACAAUACUGGCAACCAGGAAGUUGUUUGCCCUGGAUGCCAGGAACCAGCAUUCGGUCCCGCUUACAAAUGCUACAUCCCGGAAUGCACCUUCUUCCUUCACAAAUCGUGCUCUGAACAACUAUCCCACGUGAUACAACACCCCCUCCACCCGGAGCACGCCCUUUUUCUCCAAGCGCCAUCACCUCAUUUGUGUAAUGCUUGCUACAAAAGUUGCAGCAGAUCCUUCUUUUACCGUUGUUUCCCCUGUUAUUUUCAGCUCGACGUCAUAUGUGCUUCCUGCCGGAGAACUGAUGCCGACGAUUGCCACCAACACACAUUUCUUCCAAUCCUGACGCAGAUCCAGUUCGCUUGUCAAGCCUGUGGUGAGGAGGACCCCAAGAAAAUUGCAUGUCUCUGUACCAUCUGCCAACUCUUGAUUCAUAGUAAGUGUACCCAAUAUCCGCGCACCAUCAAAACUGGCACACAUGAUCAUGUACUCACUCUCACUUAUUCUCUUAGUCAAGAAGUCAAGAAACAGGAGAAGGUAUUGUGUAGACUCUGCCGUAAGAAGGUGAAUACAGAGUAUUCAGCGUACUAUUGUAAGAAAUGUGCCUACAUUGCCCACUUGUAUUGUGCAAAUAGCGUCGGAUACUCCAGUGAUACCACCGAGUCGGUAGCCAGUAACUCCGUUGGCUAUGAAUCUCAUUUGGUGCAUUUGGUGGAAGGGAUCGAUCUAACAGUGGAUGAAAGAGAUGGCCCUAAGGAGAUCAAUCAUUUCAGUCAUCCACAUCAUAACUUAAUCCUCAUCAAUGAAAAGCUCGUGAAUGUCAAGCGUUGUGAGGCUUGUAUGCAAUUUAUAAUUUCGACCCCAUUUUAUAGUUGCAUACAGUGCAAUUUCUUUCUCCAUUACAGAUGUACUAAACUACCUGCAACCAUUAAGCGAGGGCUAUUUCACGAACAUCCACUCACCCUCCUCCCACGGGAUGUGAAUGCAAGUGGAUUGUUCGCGUGUCGUGUUUGUGAUCGUACUCACCAUGGCUUCCUAUAUACAUGUGGUGAAUGUAAAUGGUACAAGUCAGGCGUUCAAUGUUGUUUAAUCCCAGAAAUCCUUGAACACGAAGGUCACCGACACUCCCUUUACCUUGUUAUAAGAUCUUUCGAAAUUUGCAACGGUUGUGGUAAAAAAGGUGUGGACUUUAGGUGCACUCAUUGCGACGAGUUUACCUUGUGUUUUAGAUGUGCAACCCUUCCGCUGGUAGCUAGAUAUGAACAUCAUACACAUCUACUAAAACUCUCUUAUACACGUGAAGAUGAUUCCGAUGACGAAUAUUAUUGUCUAAUUUGUGAAGAAGAAAGAAGUGAUCCUGAUCGCUGGUUCUAUUCUUGUGUAACAUGUAAGUUCAUUGUUCAUUCCCAAUGCGUUCUUGGAGAGAAUCCGUGCAUUAACUAUGGAAGAACUUUCACAGAUAAAGAUCACGAGCAUCCUCUCACUAUUGUCCAAAAGACUACGCAUUCCCCUCCAUGUGAUGCAUGUGGUAAGACUUUUAUUGAAAUGGCCUCAGAAUGUACUCAAUGUAAAUUUAACGUCCAUUAUAAGUAUUGUUUGCAAAAACAACUUAGAAAAUUGAGAGUGAAGAACCUUCUUUAACGAUUGUCAGUUUAAUUAAUUGUCACAUUUAUGUGUAUGAAAGAGACGAAGAAGCUGAAAAUGAUUUAUUUCAACAAACGGACAUUGCUUACGACUAAA